GCGCCACGGUGCGGUGGGUUGCUGCGCUCAAUGCCAAGUCAGUCAAUAGGCUACACAUGUUUUGCGCCCCUCAGAGGACAGCGUCAAACUAAACCUUGACCGUGCUGAAACUAAAUAAAAAAUAUAAUGGCUUCUAUUCCGCUGGUGCUGCUAGUUUUAAUGUCUUCUUUUCCGCUUUACCGGGCAGUUUAUACCGGACCGUUACAACCGGAAAUGUCCAAUGGGACUUUUCAUCACUUUUUCGUACCGGACGGCGAUUAUGAGGAUAAUGAGGACCCCGAGCAAUGUCAAAUGCUUUUUAAAUUCGCAGACCGGCGUGCGUGUGGAUUCCAUCACGAUGAAGACAGCGAUUCAGUGGUACGUGACGACUUUAUUAUCGUGAAGCACCAAAUUGAAGACGUCACAAGGUUGUUGGAAAGCAUCGGCGGGAGUAUUUCACACGACCUGGACGGAGAGGAUAGCUAUGGGAAGUUUCUCACUGGGGAAAUCAUUCAGAUCACUGAGGCUUUUACAAGCGUGGAGAAAUCUCUCCUGGAGUUGGAGGUGAAAUUUAAACAGAGUCAAGACAACGAUCUGAGAGGGGAGAGCCAGCUCAAUGACUAUGUUCUGAAGCCUAUCUAUGAAGUUAAAGACGCACUGAGGGAGACAACGGACAUUUCAUUGGGACUCAGAGAUAAACAUGAACUGUUGUCUCUCAUUGUUCGAAGUCAAGGGACAAGGUUGAGUCGCCUUAAGACAGAUUAUCUCAAUGUAUAGUAUAAAUGUUAAAAACAAUUAUAAUUUGUUAUGAUCUAUCUAAUGGAAUAUAGGCCACUCAGAGAGUGCAAGUCAUAAGACUGUGACUCUUCAGCCCAAUAAACAGCUGGAGAAUUCAUUGAGGUUGAAAGGAUUAUAUGAUUAAGUUACUCUGUUCCUCCUGUCUCCCUCUCUCUCUCUCUCUCUCUCUUUCUUUCUCUCUCUCUCUCUCUCUCUCUCUCUCU